AUGCAUUCUGUCGUCUGUCGUCUGUCCGUCGAUCAACUCUACCUAUCCAAGGGUCUGCGACCUGCCACUUAUCCUAGCGCCACCACCACCACCACCACCGCCAAGCUGGCCUUCUUCAGCCUCGGCGGCGGCUCUUCGUCGUUGUCUUCCCGUGACCGCGACCGACCGCGUCGACGCUCCUCUACCUCAUCGCGCCCCCAAAACCUCCGCCUGGGCGACCUGCGGCCCCCCUCGGCCUGGCACCUGGGCCCGCAGACGCCGCAGUCCCACCAGCCGUCGGGAUUGUUAUCUCCUAUUCCGGGCAGCCCCAUGACCCUUUCGCGCAGCCCCUCCCCCCUACCCGGCGCAGGCGGUAGCGGAGGAGGGGGCUGGUCGAGUCCCGGUCUUGAUCCGCGCACCAGCAGUCCGUCGUUGUCAUCAGCCAGCAGGACGCCCGUGAUGUGGGAGUCGUCGCGCUCAAAACGCUCCGCUGGUGCUGGCGCCAGUAAUGGCAGCAGCGGGUAUUCGUACCCGUCGUUCCAAACAAAAAAGCCAGGCUUCUUUGCGCGCCACCUGCCACUGAUAUACUGGUGGCGCCGGACGUCCUGGCUGGGCGGCGGCUCCAAAUUCGUCAUUAUCCUCGGCGCCAAUGUGGGCGGCGGCGUCAUGGAGUGGAAGGGCGCCCGCGAGUGGGCCAUCGAGCGCGACUCGGUACGCAACAAGAAGCGCUACGUCGCGCGCUGGGGCUACGACCUUGAGAUCGUCGACAUGCGCACGCAGAAGCGCUACGCCCACGAGUGGCGCGAGAGCUGGGAGAAGGUUGAUUUCAUUCGCACCGCGCUGAGGAAAUAUCCUAAUGCUGAGUGGUUCUGGUGGCUCGACCUCAACACCUACAUCAUGGAGCCGACCUACUCCCUCCAAUCUCACAUCUUCAACCACCUCGACCGCCACGUCUACCGCGAUAUCAACGUCUACAACCCCCUCAACAUCACCCACCCCCCGCCCCAACCUUGGCUCGACCCAGAAUCCCUCUCCCCUACCGGUGACGGCGACAUCAACUCCGUCAACCUCCUCCUCUCACAGGACUGCUCCGGCUUCAACCUCGGCUCCUUCUUCGUGCGCCGCAGCGUCUGGCUCGACCGCCUGCUCGACGUCUGGUGGGACCCCGUCGCCUACGAGCAGAAACAUAUGGAGUGGGCGCAUAAAGAGCAGGAUGCUUUGGAGCGGCUCUACGUCGCACACCCGUGGAUCAGGGCGCAUGUCGGGUUCUUGCCGCAGAGGAUGAUUAAUUCGUUCCCCGAGGGGGCGUGCAGCGAUCAUGGGAAUGAUACACGGAUUCACUAUGAUACGAAGGAUAGGGACUUUUUGGUAAAUAUGGCGGGGUGUGAGUGGGGACGGGAUUGCUGGGGAGAGAUGUAUAAGUUCAGGGAGCUGAGUUAUUGGUUGAAUCGGACGUGGUGGGAGCGGUUUAAGGAGGACUUUUUGGCGGAGAUUUGGUUUAGGCUUACGGGGAAGAGGGUUAAGUUCUAG